AUGGCUCAACCAGAACCAGAAGCAUGCAUCGUCCAUUUCAGCCACCUUCAUCCUCUGACUCUCCACCAUCGACCUCAACCCCAGCAAUCCUGCUCAGGGUGCAAGCUCAAGGCUGUGGGAUGGACGUACGGUUGCCCCUCACCCUGCAGCUACUUCCUCCACCUUUCAUGCGCCAAAAUGCCCCCUCAAAUCCACCACCCCUUUGACCAACACAACCACAUCCUCACCCUCCUUCCAUCCCCGGUUUGCCCACCCGGCGUCUUCACAUGCACUGCUUGUGCCAAGCAAGGCAGCGGCUUCUCUUACCACUGCUCCGCUGCUUCGUGCAACUUCCAUCUCCAUAUCACCUGCGCAUCCAUGCCCUUGACUCGAACUCAUCCCUCCCACCAUCACCUCCUCCACCUCACUUUCUCCCCUCCUUACCCCAACCGGAGUUUCUCUUGCGAUAUCUGCGGGAAUUUGGGCUCCAACCAGUGGCUCUACCGUUGCCACUCCUGUGAAUUCGAUGCUCACUUAUCUUGCGCCCUGAAGAAGCCAGUUGCUCCAGUUUCAACUCCGCUUCAACAACCCCUGAUGCAAAGUUACUCCACUUUGCCCGCUCAAUCCCCUCAGGCUCAAAAUUACCGGCCUCCUCCUCAACUUCCACAAGCUCGACCUUAUUACCCAGAUCAAACUCGCACAACGCGGCAUUACCAAACAGAUACAAUGGCUUCUGCCACCACCCAUUUUCAAGGGUUGCCCUGCAUCUUCCAGAGUCCUACUCCUACCAUCCCUUGCACCAAUGGAGUCGGGCAGCCUGUGGGCAUUCAAAGAAAUGGGCAGGCCAACGCUCUGAACCUAGUUGUCCAGGGUCUCUUCGGUGGCAGACAGAAUUUCGGUCAGACAGUCCUCCAAGGAUUACUGGGUGGUGGUGGUGGUAAUGCAGACGGUGGAGGUGGAGGAGGAAAUGACUUUGGUGGCGGAACGGCCGACUUUGGAGGAGACAGUGGGACUGGAUAUGGAAACUUCUUCUCAGUGGGUAAUGACAACUUUGAUGGAAUGGGCGGAAGUUUUGGCUAUGAAAAUAUUGGAGCUGGUCUUGGAGAUUUGGGUUAA